UGGUACAAUUUCGUGUAUAUCGAAACAGGCAGUGUUUCCUGGAGCAAACACGUUUUAGCACGGUCAGCCGACUGUCCUACGAUGAGGAUAUGGCUCAAUUCUCGACCCAGAGGUGGCCAUUUGUUUAUUUGGCCCGUGUCAACGUAGAGACACUUAUCUUCAGUCGCUCAUAACCAAUUUGCAUGAAAAUCUAUCAGUGUGCCUGCGUCCCGCAAGCACUGCUAAGCACCGCGAUAAUAAUUGUCGGUGCUUCCUCGUGCUCUUCUCUCACAUUCGGAGACGUUUCCAGAUCCUCCGUUCUACAUUUUGAAUUGAAUACCGUAUACUGAAGAUGAUUAUCGAUAGCCGAAUGUGCAUAGUUCAUCUUCUCGACCAACUAUUUAACAGGCUGUUUGUUACUCAUGGUUUUCAUCGUCUUCGGAUGGCCACACGAAAUAAAGCACAUCCUCAAGUUAAGCUGAAUUUUUGAAUUUAGCAAACUAUUUUUAAACCAUAUUUAUCCGGUUUGGGUUAAAUUUGGGUUGACGACCUGAAAAGAUUCGUAGCCUAAUCAGGCUAUUGGGUACAGCUAUUGGAACAAAUGUUUUUUUUCUCAUUUCUUAUUCAACUUCAGUUGAGGUUUUAGUUAAUUGAAAGACUUUGAGAAUUGUGCUUACCGCCAUCGAUAACUUAAAUUGAGUAAAUUACAGCGUACAGAUAUAUGCUCAAGCCUAUAGAUGGUUUUGCCGUAACGUACAAAAAUUGUGUAUUUCGUAAGCGCAUUCUGUGGCUCUGACAUUUCGCCCAGACGUCGAUGUUUCUUCUUCUUCGGUCAAAUACCCAAAUAUAUAUAUAUAUAUAUAUAUAUUACUGUGCAUCGAUUUGGCGCAAGCGACAGACACCUUCGAACAUUUCGAAACGUUCUGAACGAGUAUCACAGUUCUUUUGGUGCUAUACGUGAUCACGUUUUAUCACCACGAACAAGAAGCUUGACGGCGGUAAAAGUGGAUGAAUCGAUUUUUUACACCGGUCUUCUCGCUUAGUUGUCUUGCAUUAAUGUUUUUGUGAGAGGUUUGUCGUAACAUUUCAUUCAUUAACAAAUUCCACUCAAACUCUAACUAGAUACACCCAUUCGAAGCGCCCGUGUUGUGAAGCACUAGCGGCAGUUCGCAAAAAAAAAGACGAAACUGAGGACGAAAGCCGGUGGCUGUGCUGACGUCUGCUGGCUGGCCCGAGCGCCCGUCAAGGCACACUGCAGGCAGCGGGCGCUAUCGUUUCGCUGACGAACGGCUUUACCAUUAAAUUUCGCAACUGUUAUUUAGUACCUGUUUGACGAGUAGUGUUUAACGACGACGAACGACUCGAUACCGGGCAUCAGCAUCGGAGCACGAACGUGUUGAGAUGUCUACUCGUUGGCGGCAAAUCGAAUAAAUAGCAAUAGUGGAAAUGGAGCCAAAAAUCGAGGUUAACAUUUUCACAUUUGUGUCCCGUUCGUGAACGCAGCGAAAGGGUUCAGUGAAAGUAUACGGCUGAAAAAUUACUUUUAAAAAUGAUCGUUUCUUCGCCAGUUCUGAGUUGAUAAACGGAGCUAGUUACUUUUCGGAUCAUCUUUUUUUGGCAGAUUUUUUUACGUAUCGUAUAGAGAAAUGUAGAGUCCGAUUGUGGUACAAAUUGCAGCGAUAUGAAACAUCUAAGCGUUUUAUGUACUAACAGAAGUAACUGUGGUGAUAUCAGUGAGUCUAUACCAAUGAAUGUGAUGCAGUGAUUGCUUGGUGACAUUGUGAAGUUUACGAUACGGGCUCAGGGUUUCAUGUGAAUUAUACAUAAUCAUGGUGGACUUUAGAUCCUUUGAAAAGCGGCAGGUUACAAAACGUCUACGGUUUGGAAGAGGAUGCCUACUAUCAGCAACGUUCAAAACUCUACGUUUGUUAAUCCCGGCCGGCCAACCUGCCAGGAGCAGCAGUGGCGUCCAUGAAGGCGCAAUGGGCUACUGGCGUCAGCUAUGGGCCAUCUAUUACAAAGACUUCUUUAUCCGCAAGAUCAAGCGGCACUAUAUAUUCGCCACGCUCGAGGUGAUCGUACCAAUAACUUUGUUGAGUCUGCUCGUGUACCUACGAUACUGCGGAACAAAAGGUGUAUUACCAUAUUCGGGUGGUCCUGAAACCUAUCCACAAAGUCCUGACAUAAAGAUUAUUGUCACGGAACCUUCUUCGAAAGUGGCCGUCGCGCCCAAUAACACCUAUACACAGCAUCUACUGCAACGCCUUGUGGAAAGAUCAGGGAUGCUACUUUUACCGCAAGCGUACCCCAGUUGGGAAGAACUAAAGUAUAGCAUAAAAGAAAGCAACUCUACACUGAUUGCCCUGAACAUGGAACGGGUUAGCUCGACGCGCCUUGAUUACGUUAUAAGCAUCGAUGCUCCUAGACAAGUUAGCUCAAAAGGCUUCCCAAUCAGUAACGACCCUCGAAAUGUUUCGGAAACCAUGGAACCCUACAUCUUGUACCCGCUUAUAUGGAAUAUCUUCGAGCAUUUUGCAGACUACUUUUACGCCGAGCCUAUGAUCGCGCCAACAUUACAACCACAGCCAGCGGCUGGCUAUCUCACCGAUUACUCGUUCGACCAGCUAUCACGAUUCAUAUCGCAGUUCCUCCUCUUCUCGUACGUGGUACUCAUUGGAGUAUACCCUAUGCAGAUUAUCCAGGAGAAGGCAUCACGAAUUAGGGAGCUACUUCGCAUGAGCGGUCAGCCGGAGAUGGUUUAUUGGCAUGGCAUCUUCCUCACUGGCAUGACAUCAAUGACGUUCGUUGCAGUCUUGGCGACAGUACUUUUCGCCUUACCCGUUAAGGGCUACCCACUUUUAAUCAAGUCGAGUCCGUUCGCUGUUUUUCUGGUCCUAAUGACGUUCUCGCUAGUGGCCACGCUCCAGUUGAUCUUGAUUUCAGUCCUCUUCAACGGGCCGACGAUGGGCGCAAUGGUGUCGAUCCUCUUCUGGUUUUUACCGCUCACCCUAUGCACGGUCCUGAUCGACUCAAAAGAAACGGAUAACUACUUCAGCACUGACGCCAGCGUCAAACUGCUAACCGCCAUGCUUCCCACCUGUGGAUGCUAUUGGGCGUUUAAGAUUAUUUGCUUCUGGGAAUCUGCCAAUGUUGGACUCCAGUUUAACAAUUUGGCCGACAUCGCUACCCCAGGAGACAAUAUCUCCAUGCUAAGCGUGCUGCUUACGUUCCUGCUAACCAGCCUCAUUUUAGCUUUUCUGAUAUUCUACCUCGAUGCGGUUCUGCCGUGGCAAUAUGGUAUACCGAAAGAGCCCCUUUUUCUAUUCCGAAAAGCAUAUUGGAUCGAUGUCCAUGAAAGACGGGAUAGUUUCAUCCCACGCGUUGAAGACCCGACGAUGUUUGAGCCGCCACCUCCAAACCUCGAGCCAUUCGUCGUUGUUGACUCUAUCACCAAGGUCUUUGGUAACAAAAAAGUUGUCGACGACUUGUCUGUGCGCUUCUACAAGAAUCAGAUCUCGGUUAUUCUCGGCCAUAAUGGCGCUGGCAAAACGACUACAAUGAAUAUAUUAACAGGCUUGUUUCCGCCAACAUCGGGCGACAUCUUCAUCAAUGGCUAUAGCAUUCGUAAGGACACGAAACAGGCUCGUAAAAGUAUCGGUUUAUGCCCGCAGCACAAUGUGCUCUUCGAUGAUCUGACAGUCGAGGAACAUUUACAAUAUUUUGCUAUCAUUAAAAACACCCCGUCGUUCAAUGGCGAGAUCGUAGAACUGCUAACUCGGUUCAAUCUUCUUCAUAAGCGAUCCACGCUUGCCAAAGAUUUAUCUGGUGGAAUGAAGCGGAAGCUCUCGAUGGCCAAUGCGAUGGUUGGGGGAUCCGAGCUUCUCAUUCUGGAUGAGCCAACAGCUGGUAUGGAUCCCCAAGCGCGUCGCGAGAUAUGGUCCAUCCUUCAAGAUGCCCGUAAGACCCGCACAAUUCUCUUAACAACGCACUACAUGGAAGAGGCCGACGUCUUGGGAGACCGAAUCGCUUUCCUGGCACACGGACGCCUCAAAUGCGUCGGCUCGCCAAUGUUCCUUAAAAGAAAAUUUAAUACGGGAUACAAGAUGCGUGUAGCUAAGGCUUAUCCCGGACAUCGUUCGUACAACAUUCUCGACGUGGUGACAUCACAUGUGAGGGGGGCUGUGGUCGAAGCCAACAUGAAUCACGAAAUAGUUUUCAACCUCGGAUUUCCUCCCACGGAGGAACUGGUGACGCUUUUUCAUCAUCUUGAGGAUAACAAAAAGCGAUAUGGGAUCGCGACACUUGGUGUCGCAGUGACCACAAUGGAAGAUGUUUUUCUGAAGGUCGGCUCCGCGGACGAAGAUCAAAACAACAGCUCCUCCUCACAGCAUAGUCCACGGAAGUCGUAUGAACGGCGGCCACAGGCUUCGGAGAAUACCGAGCGAUUUCCACGUUUCCGACCCAUCUACGGAGGUGCUCUCACUCGACAACAAUUUAGAGCUCUUUUCGUUAAGCGAUUCAACUCCAUCAAACGGCAGUGGUGGAUGCCCCUUCUACUCUUCGUGUUGCCAUUAACGCUGACAUAUCUAUUCUGUGUACUUGACGAGUGGGCCUAUAGGCAUCAAAUACAAAUUACCCGAACGUACUCAAUGAAGUCGAUUUACGGCAGCACGAAGAGCUGGUUCAGCUCGGUUUUUCCGCAAAAUAGUUCUCGAAGUAUUUUCAAACACCUGGAAGCCGCUUUGCUCGAGGAGGACGUUUCCAACACUGUGAUACCGCAGCAAGACUUCGAAAAGUAUCUUCUAAGUUUAUCCGAGAAGGACCCCCUUGCCUAUAGGAGAACCAUGAUGAUGGGCGUAGCCGAAUCCAAGAAGGGCAUAGAACUUUGGGUAAACGAUCAACCGUACCUAUCGGCACCUUCAGCAUUAAUCAUCUUGCAACGGGCCAUGCUGAAAAAGGCCUUGAAGGAACAAGUUACUGUUGAGGCGGCCACUGAUCCUCGAGAUAGCACAAACGUCCAUACUGCGACUUUGCUAAAACUUAUUUGGGUGCGUUUUGUUGCCGUCUUUCCGAUCUCGUUGGCAACUGCCUUUCUUACCUGCUCGAUCGUUCUGAACCCAAUUCAGGAGAAUAUAUCAAAGGCAAAAUUGGUGCAACUGAUGUCUGGCGUGAGCCAGACGAUUUACUUCGGAGCGAGCUUCGUGUUCGAUGGAAUUUUGCUAGUAGUAUCAUGUGUUUGUAUGCUGGCCAUUAUGCUUAUCUACAAUCCACUUGAAUCGUUCAGAGUCUUCGAUGACACUUGGGAAGCGACCCUGGUGAUAUUGCUUUUGUAUGCUUAUGCGAUGACUCCAAUGUCUUACAUUACGUCGUACAUGUUUACCAAGCCCGCCACCGGAUUUAUGUACCUGCUCGUCUUCAAUGUACUCUCUGGGUCUGUUAUUGUGGUCGUUAUGGCGAUGUUGGACAUGUUGAGUAUGACGAAACACAACCUUUUUAAAUUGGACGUUGAUGCCCUUGCUUUUUUUCUUCAAGCAUUUAAUUAUAUACCUUCGUUCAGUGUUGUGUGGGGCUUUGUUAACAUCCACGUAAACGGCCUCUCCCGAGAUUUCUGCAAAGAUAACCGCAAAAUCAUGGAUGAAAUGUGUAACAACUCACUAAUCAGUCCAUUUGUGAAGCCUUGCUGUCAUUCCUGUGAACCCGCAAACGAGUUCUAUCAAGAGGGCUUCAAUUUCUGUUACGUGCACACUUCCCCAUUUGCCUUCCAAAAACGUGACGGGGCAGGCUUUCAGAUGUUGGCGCUGUUUAUCGUUGGAACAGUACUCUUUGCAGUGCUCAUCUUUAUGGAAAGUAACGCACAAAGACUAUUCUGUUUCGCUUUUGAUAAGAUGAAUAAGCUACGACGCAAAUCGUUCGGCGGUUAUCCUAACGCAAAUUCAUUAACUAAUGGCGAGGACGAUGAUGUCCAUAAGGAACGAUAUGAAACAGAGCGGCUGGUCCGCCUAGGCGUUGCAGCUAUUUCCACCGAGGCGUUGGUAGCGCAUGGCCUCACAAAAGAUUACGGCAGAUUUAGAGCUGUCGAUAACAUUUCGUUCCGGGUUCAUGAACAGGAGUGUUUCGGCCUGCUGGGAGUAAAUGGAGCUGGAAAAACGACAACUUUCGGAAUGCUAACCGGUGAUUUAAUGUGUACCGAAGGCAACGCUUACAUUAAAGACACGAAUAUCCGAAAGAACGUACAAAAGUUCCAGAAGCACAUCGGCUAUUGCCCUCAAGGUGACGCACUCAUCGACAAGAUGACCGGUCGCGAAAUGCUUCACUUAUACUGUGCCCUACGCGGAGUCCCUCCAAAUCUAACUGAGCAUCUGGCCGCAUUCAUCAUCGACGUAGCUGACCUCGAAGCUCACGCAGACAAAACAACCGACUCGUACAGUGGAGGGACUAAACGCAAAUUGUCUAUCGCCUUAACUCUCACCGGCAAUCCAACAGUUAUGUUUUUGGAUGAACCCACGGCCGGUGUGGACCCGUCGGCUCGUCGAAAGAUCUGGCGCACCCUGUUGCGGGCUCAACGAGACAUGGGAUCGGCGAUCGUUCUCACGUCGCACUCGAUGGAGGAGUGUGAAGCUCUCUGCCACAGAAUGUGCAUUAUGGUAAACGGUCGCUUCCGUUGUAUCGGAUCAACACAGCAGUUAAAGUCGAAGUACGGCGAAGGCUUCACUGUACUGAUUAAGUUGGCCAUAGGACACGAAUAUCAGGCCAACGAGGUGGUCGAACUCAUGAAAGAGAGCUUCCCUGGACAUGUUAUACUCCGAGAGAACUAUCAGAGUUUGCUCCACUUCCAGGUGACAGACACGUCGCUCCGGUGGAGCGUUCUGUUUCAGCGCGUGAACGACAUAAACAAAAUGAUGUUGUUCGAAGAUGUCAUCGUGUCAGAUACAACACUCGAACAAAUCUUCAUUUCGUUCGCAAAAACCCAGAGAAGACGAGAAGAAGACCUUCCUUGACCUCGAAGCAUCGUAAGGCCGAUUCCUUGGAGGGUACGGUUGAAGAGUCCUAUGCGAGGCUUUGUACCCCGUGCCGCUGCUGGCAUAGGCUGAACGGACAAGAACGAUCUGCCGAAGAACAGAUCUGCUUCCCUUAACUAUGACAACUAGCCGUAAUAAUCAAACUAUUAUUCCAAUGGGGGCUCAGCGAAAGAUAUUGGUCGCAAAUCGACACCUGGCAGCUGUCGUGGCAACGAAGAUAAUGGAAGCCGAUGCAGUAUUAUAGGUAGGCCUCUAGCAAAGCAUUGAAAUCAUUUUGGAAUUUCUCGAAAGUUUUUUGUCUGAUUAGAAAUUCAAUUGUACAAUCAAACAGUUAAUAUAACGCAAGAAACAGAGCCUUCGAAUUAUGCGGACGGAGCUCUGUGCCGAAGGAAAUUUUCAAAUUGACUCUCAGCGUUAUUUCAUUUACAAUUACAAGUACCUAUUUCGAUGCGUGUACCGAAAAGCGGACCGAAGAACACAAUACGAAUGAAAGCAGAACUUUUCGAGAGUGAAAUGUCAUAUAAAAAAAAAAACAACUACUAAUAUCAUUAUGAAGGUACAA